ACUGGUUUGACUGGCGAAAACAAUAAUAAAUACUUGAUCCGCGAUUCUAUAGAUCCUUUAAUCCCAAAAUGAUAUUGAUUUAGCCCUCUUAUAUUCAGCGUCACAAUUCAAUUACUAUAUUUGUAGCAAAAAUAAUAACAAUUAGGUUAUUACUUGCCAAAAGACACAAGUAGAAAAUAUAAAAUAGAGGCUUUAGGAUCAGGAUUUGUACAUCCCGCCAUAACCUAAGCAGCGUACGUGAAAGGUUUUUCAUAUUUCGAUUUAAUUAUGGCGGACGUUGGCUGAACUAAGUACAUAAUCCUUUAGUGUGACUGCAUACGAGUUAUAAAGCGUUCAUGUGUUAGUUAAAAUUCGUUCGCACCUCAAGGGUGUCUACUGGGGCGGGAGGAAACAAGAUAUGGCGGAGAAUAGAGGUUCGGACAACGUCGUUAAUAUGCCGGACAUUACCGAAGUAUCCGAAGCCGAUCCCAUGACGGCGAGGGCCGAUCGUGAUGCCGACAGAUCUGAUGGCGGGGCUGUUUUGUCGUCUGCAAUAAAAAAUUCUCGUCUAGCUGGCGAUUCUCACGGCGUGAUCACGGUGCCAGUAUCCCUACCCGUCGGCACUCUUAUAACUGGAACGACAUUUAACGUGAUAACGUCAGAUCAGCUGCCACACUUCAAACCUAUGAUAUGUGUUGACAAUGGGUUCAUAUCAGGCGGACCGGUGCCUGAUGACAUCAAACCGACUCACAUUGUGAUACAGAAUCCUCCGUCGCCGCAGGCACGGCAGGAAGAAAGCACUGGCCCGCUCACGCCCAACUCGCGGCCGAAGAGCGCGCGAUCCUGGACGGAGACGGCUAACAUGCCCAUUCUGCCCAUCCGAUGCAAGAACACGUCGGCAGAACUGCACAAGCAGAGGUUCGGCUCGGGAGGCCGGGGCAGAUGCAUCAAAUAUGGUCUGGAAUGGUACACACCUAGUGAGUUUGAGGCUCUCUGUGGAAGGGCGUCUAGUAAAGACUGGAAGAGAUCAAUCAUGUUUGGAGGAAGAAGGAUCCAGGCUCUCAUAGACGAGGGCAUCUUGACUCCUCAUGCCACCAGCUGUACUUGUGGGGCAUGCUGUGAUGAUCAGUCAGCUAUGGGACCUGUCCGGUUUUUCACACCAUACAAGAGACGGAGACGAAAUAAUCAAGACAGUGAAGAAAAGAAGUCUAAAGUAAAACGAGAGACUUCACUGGGAGAAGGAGAAGUGGAUAAUAUCCAUCAAAGUAGUAACAAUAGUAAUAACUCAAAGGAGGCCUGGCAGACCAUAGCCGAGGGCUUGGACUCUAAUACUGACUACACUUUGUUGGACAAUCCGGACCCUCCUGCUGAAACUGUACCAGGUAAGAUUAUCAAUAUAUUGAUUAAGUCCAGGUAUGAGGGGAUAUACAGAGAAUUUACAUGUGAUACAUAUGUAUUUUAAUAACUAUCAAUACUCAAAGGCUGUAUUUCUCUCUACCUCUUUAUACUUAAGUUACAAACAGAUAAAAAAUUAAAAACAUACAAGUUUCAAGCUACAUUUUAC